GACUCGAGACCCGCCUCUCAGUAGAAGCUCUGUUGUGCAGCGGACGAGCCACACGCGCACCGAACGCUCCGCGCGCGAGAGUGUACGGCGAUUUAACCGGGACAAAAGCUUCGGCGCGUCAUGUUGGACUGACUGGCCUUGAAAUCGAUGGAUUGGUUUUGAAAUCGUUUCGGGGAAAACAAGGUAUUUUUGUUCGGGUCUGAGAGCGCUCUUCCCGUUCAACGAUGGAACUCACGAUGGAAAACAUUGGAAACAUGCACGGCGUUGCGUCGCACUCGCAAGCGGGAGACUUGAUGAAUUCCUCGCACGGCAGACCGUCGUCGGCUUCCCACCGGAACUUGGUUUCCCACGGGCGCUCGGCGAUGGUGUCCAGCAUGGCUUCGAUCCUGGAGGGCGCCGGUGAGUACCGGAGCGACCCCGCGCUGUCGGGCCACCUGCAUCCGGCUAUGACCAUGUGCGAGUCGGGCAUGAGCUUGUCCAAUACGUACACCACCCUCACGCCGCUUCAGCACCUGCCACCGAUCUCUACAGUCUCAGAUAAGUUCCACCACGCACACCCGCACUCGCACCCGCAUCACCACGCCGCGCACCAGCGCCUCGCCACCGGGAACGUCAGCGGGAGUUUCACCCUCAUGCGCGACGACCGCGGCCUGGCGUCCAUGGGCAACUUAUACGGCCACUAUCCCAAAGAGAUGUCCGGCAUGGGCCAGCCCUUAUCCCCGCUCUCCAACGGCCUCGGUCCUCUGCACAACUCCCAACAAGCGCUGUCAGCCUACGGGCCUGGCGCGCACCUCCCCAACGACAAGAUGCUCUCGCCUGGCGGCUUCGAGUCCCACGCGGCGAUGCUUUCCCGGAGCGAGGAGCAUCUCGCGCGGAGUUUAGGCGGCCACGGGCACGGCAUGAUCUCUAAUCUCAACGGGAUGCACCCACACAGCCACCUGCACUCGCAGGCGAACGGAUCCAUGCUGGCGGACAGAGAGCGGCACGGCGGCGGCGGGGGCGCGCAGAGCGGCGGCUCGGGGCAGGUGGACGAGAUCAACACCAAGGAGGUAGCGCAGAGGAUCACGGCCGAGCUCAAGCGAUACAGCAUACCUCAAGCCAUUUUCGCCCAGAGGAUCUUGUGUCGGUCCCAGGGAACACUGUCGGACCUGCUGCGCAACCCGAAGCCCUGGAGUAAACUCAAGUCCGGCCGCGAGACUUUCAGACGCAUGUGGAAAUGGUUACAGGAGCCAGAGUUUCAGAGGAUGUCCGCGUUACGGCUUGCAGCCUGCAAGAGAAAGGAACAGGAGCAGCACAAAGACAGAAACAUGGUGCCCAAGAAGCAGCGUCUGGUCUUCACCGACCUGCAGCGGCGAACGCUCAUCGCCAUCUUCAAGGAGAACAAGCGGCCCAACAAAGAGAUGCAGAUCACCAUCUCGCAGCAGCUGGGCCUGGAGCUCUCCACCGUCAGCAACUUCUUCAUGAACGCACGCCGCAGAUGUGUGGACCGCUGGCAGGACGAGCACGCGGUCAGUCCCGGGCCCGGCACCUCGGGGACCACUUUCUCCAAGGCUUGAGCGUCUCGGAUGUGGAGAAACCUGUGUCAGAUGCUCAAACAUCGGAGCAGCAGCAGCAGCUGAUGAUGAUCUACGGCGCCCAUCAAACCUCACAAACCUCUUCGGUGCACGGCGGAUGUGGAUGAAUCAUUUGCAUUUGUCAAAUCAAACGUAUUUCAUGCUUUUAGUUUAUUAGUACGUGCAUUUCUUCCUCGUCGUGGAUAUCUCGGUCAUUCCCCCACCUGUGCUUGAUAUUUGAGCUGAAACAUCUCUCAUCUCAGUCUCUGGAUUUGGCCGAGCAGAAUUUUCUCUCUCUCAUAGAGCAGCAGAAAGAAGGAAAGGAAGGCAAUAUGUAUUUUAGCACACAACCCUUGGUUUGCAACUCCUUGACCUUUGACCUGUCCUUGACACAUCAGGAUAUUUACAUAUAACAUAUAUAUCUAGAUAUUCAUAUAUUCGGUAGCUUCUCAAAUCACGUCAGACACGUUCAGGUGUCUGGCCGUCUCAGUCUGUACUUUCACUGCCAGCGUGGCGCCUUGUUCUUGCUCCAGCACAAUGAUAAAGGGAUGCAAAGAAUCAAUCAGUCCUCUGUAUUGGCCCCUAAAGAAUCAUUUUAACGUAGGGGUUUUACAGAGUGCUUCAUCUGCACAGAGCAAUGGCGCCACCUCCUGGAGAACCUUAGAAACUCACGCUUCAUUUGCUGCAGGACGUGCUGCCUUCAAGCCAGUGCUGUUUUCAUAUAACUAAUAUACUAUUACAGUUUUAAAAACUAAAAUUUCAGUUUCAGAUUUUAAUUUUAAUUUUUUUUGUUGUUGUUGUUGUUGUGGUUUUGUCAUUUUUUAACUUUUAAAAAAAAU